CCUCCCCCUCCUCCUUUUCUCUCUGCUCGCUCGUCGACGAAACCCACAAGCACGCGCGACGCGACCCAAUAGGAGGAGAGAGAAAAUCCUCACGCAUCGAUACAAACCGAGGCGAGAGAGAGAGGCGAGGCGAGGAAGUGGAGGGAAAGUGUCGCCGCCGCCGCCUCCGACAACGCUGCUGCGCGCGGCCGCCGACUCGCCAACCAAUUUGGCGCUCCGAUCGCCGGAUCUCCUCGCCGGCGGCAGCAGCAGCAGCAGCCCGGGGCCCCGAUCGGCCCCAUGCCCGUGGCCUCUGGGGGUUUUCUCUCGCGGGAGUAGGCGGGUGGCAGCUAUGGCCGACCUGGCUUCGACCUGCAAGGAUAAACUUGCAUACUUUAGAAUAAAGGAACUCAAAGAUAUCUUAACUCAGCUGGGGUUACCAAAGCAAGGGAAGAAGCAGGAUCUUGCUGAUAGGGUAUUGGCACUGUUAUCAGAUGAUCAAGGUCAACGCCAUCAUGGAUGGGGCAGGAAAAAUGCUUUAACAAGGGAGGUGGUGGCAAAAGUCGUUGAUGACACAUACAGCAGGAAAAUGCAAAUUCAAUGUUCUCCUGAUCUAGCCUCUAGGAGCCACAGCGGAUCAGAUUUCAAUCAUUUCAGGCCCAAAGAGAAAGCCAGUGACUUUUACCAUGCAGAGACUAAGGUUCGCUGCCUUUGCAGUAGCACAAUGCCAAAUGACACUAUGAUCAAGUGUGAAGAUGAUAAAUGCCAAGUGUGGCAGCAUAUGAGCUGUGUGCUCAUUCCAGAUAAGCCCACGGAGGGUGUUGGCGCUGACGUUCCACUCCAUUUUUAUUGUGAAUUGUGCCGACUGAACCGGGCAGACCCGUUUUGGGUGACUACAGGAAAUCCGUUACUCCCUGUGAAAUUCAUGUCGUCUGGUGUUGGAAAUGAUGGAACAAGUGUACCUCAAAGCGUGGAGAAAAGCUUCCAACUUUCUCGGGCAGAUAGAGAAACAGUUCAGAGACAAGAAUAUGAUCUCCAGGUUUGGUGCAUUCUUAUAAAUGACAAAGUCCAGUUCAGGAUGCAAUGGCCUCAGUAUGCAGAAUUGCAAGUGAAUGGUUAUCCUGUACGAGUAGUGACCAGACCUGGUUCUCAGUUACUAGGGAUAAAUGGACGGGAUGAUGGGCCACUGGUAACCACUUGCAGUAGAGAAGGAGUCAAUAAAAUUAGUUUAUCAAGAGUUGAUGCUCGGGCAUUUUGCUUUGGGGUCCGAAUUGUUAGGAGGAGGACUGUUGCUCAGGUAUUAAACUUGAUCCCAAAGGAAAGUGAAGGGGAGUCUUUCGAGGAUGCACUUGCUCGUGUUCGGCGCCGUCUUAGAGGUGGAGGUGCUACAGAUAAUGCUGAUAGUGACAGUGAUUUGGAAGUGGUUACUGAAUCCGUUACAAUCAACCUUCGCUGCCCAAACAGUGGAUCCAGAAUGAGGAUUGCUGGAAGGUUCAAGCCUUGUGUUCAUAUGGGUUGUUUUGAUCUUGAAACUUUUGUGGAAUUGAAUCAACGCUCCCGCAAGUGGCAAUGUCCAAUAUGUUUAAAGAAUUACUCUCUCGAGAACUUGAUGAUCGAUCCUUACUUCAAUCGGAUCACUUCUUUGUUGCGCAGUUGCAGUGAAGAUGUUAAUGAGCUUGAUGUUAAACCAGACGGGUCAUGGCGUGUGAAGGGUGAUGCUGCAACUAGAGAACUAUCUCAGUGGCAUAUGCCUGAUGGUACGCUUUGUGACUUAAAGGAAGAUACAAAACCUGCUGUGGAAAAUGUAAAUGAAUUCAAGAGAGAGGGUACGUCUGAUGGACAGAAAUGUUUAAAGCUCGGAAUAAAAAAAAAUCCGAAUGGAACAUGGAAAGUUAGUAGUAAAGCUGAUGAUAAGAAACUUUCUGUGGUUGAAAAUCACAUCCAGACCAAUGCUGGGUUCCAAGCACCAAACAUUGUGCCUAUGAGUAGUAGCCCCACUGGGAGUUACAGAGAUGGUGAAGACGCAAGUGUGAACCAAGAGGGUGGUAUGCAAUUUGAUUCAUCACUGAACCAAGAGUUUGACAGUUUAGCACGUGACUUUGGUCAAACAUACAAUACAGAGGAUAGACCUCAGCAACAACACAAUGUUGCAGAUGUCAUUGUUCUUAGUGAUUCUGAUGACGAGAAUGAUGCGAUGGUUUGCCCGCCAUCUGUCUAUGACAAUAGUGGUGCAAAUGGUAAUAGUUUUCCUUUCGCCACCAAUGGUCCCGGAUAUCCUGAAAGAUACCCGGAGGAUGCUGGUGUUGGCACGAGUGGUCUUGAUUUUUUAAGCAGCAAUACUGCCGAUUUUGACAUAAAUAACUGGCAGAUGCAUUCUUAUCCGCAACAGGAGCAAGGUUUCCAGUUUGUUGGGGCUGAUACUGAUGUUGCCGAUCCUUUUGUUGGUUCAAAUAACUCCUUUAAUAUUGCACCAGAAGACUAUUCUCUUGAUUGUAAUAUUAUUGGCAUAGAGGAGCCCUCAGUAGCUCACGAUCUUUCAAUUUGCCGGAAUAGCAAUGCAAUACAUGGAAGCUUGGUUGAUAACCCAUUGGCUUUAGUUGGCGAUGAUCCUUCUUUACAAAUUUUUCUUCCAAGUCAACCUUCUGCCAUUCCCCUUCAGGAAGAACUGAGCGAGCGUGCGAAUGCACCAAAUGGGGUCCACUCUGAUGAUUGGAUAUCUCUUACCCUUGCAGCAGGUGGAGGUGGUAAUGAAGAGUCUACAAGAGUUGAUGGUCCAAAAUCACAGCCUAAAGUUCCAUCAAAAGAGGCAGGGGUUGAACCUUUGAUUGAUGCUGCCCUUCACCCAGUUUCAGGAUCACAACGGUCAACUUUUGAAGGCAGACAUCUUAGCUUCUGCUCUUCCAAGCACAAACAAUGACAGAUUCAGCGGAGCUAAUUUAAAUCUAAGAAGGAUUGAAAAUAUAUUUUCUCAUCCUCGGCAACCGCGGUCUGUUAGGCCUCGCCUGUGUUUAUCAAUAGAUACUGAUUCGGAGUAGUUCGUCACAUUGGGAUAGCUGAGUUUGCGAUUAAUUUGGCAAGGUUGGUUUCCAGAAUCUUGAUUUUUCCUGUGGAGGGUUAUCAGGUUGUUCUGGUUGAUACAUCGAUAAACACCAGCGUGGAUGCUUUGUUGCCUCAACCUGGUGAACAAACUUUCAAGUGUUCUAUACAAUCCAAGUGGGAUCUGCAUAGAGUUCAUCUGUUGGUUGGUACAGAAUGUUUUUAACUGGGAGUCGAGGCUUAAUGUGGCUAGUGGAGUGUUUUGUACAUUUUUCUGACAUUUACUGGGUACAAGGAAUAGGGGGGGGGGGGGGCAUCACUGGGUGCAAGAUAAAUACAUGUGAAUGUUUUUGUGUACCAUCAUUGUAUUUAGGGUUUGGGUACUAAUUUAGAUGUUUAUUACCCUGAUAUUUGAUGGAAAAUAAAUUAUUACUGGAAGUGGCAGUCAAUAAACAGAGCCCUUCGGUUUUUA